CCUGUCUCCGGCGCCGUCAGGAAACAGAUCGAGAAUUUUGUCCCUCUUGUUCCUUAUCGCACAAGAAGAUUUUCUUGGACGCGAUUGUGGGGACGGUGGACACGCUGGACGCGGAGCAGGAUCCACGCAGGAGGCACAAACCGGACACCGUAUUCUUCAUUUGCGGCUUUAACACGAUGGAGCCUGCCUUCGGUGAGGUGAACCAACUCGGUGGUGUUUUCGUGAACGGCAGGCCGCUCCCCAACGCCAUCCGGCUCAGGAUAGUGGAGCUGGCGCAGCUCGGGAUUCGACCCUGUGACAUUAGCCGGCAGCUGCGCGUCUCCCACGGCUGCGUCAGCAAGAUCCUGGCCCGCUACAACGAGACCGGCUCCAUCCUCCCGGGGGCCAUCGGAGGCAGCAAGCCGCGGGUCACCACACCCACCGUGGUCAAACACAUACGGACAUACAAGCAGAGGGACCCGGGGAUUUUUGCCUGGGAGAUCCGGGACAGGCUACUCGCCGACGGGGUUUGCGACAAGUUCAACCUGCCCUCCGUCAGCUCCAUCAGUCGGAUCCUGCGCAACAAGAUCGGGAAUCUGUCCCAGCAGAGUCAGUACGAGUCGGGCAAGCAGGCGCCUCAUCCACCGCCACAACCGACGUUACCCUACAACCACUUGUACUCAUACCCGACCUCCAAAGUGCCCACUCCCCCUGGCAUGCCCACCCUUCCCGGACACAUGGCCAUGCACAGGAUAUGGCCCUCUUCACACUCUGUAACAGAUAUUCUGGGGAUACGGUCUAUUACAGAGCAACAAAUUAGUGACAGUCCAUCCUUUUCCAGCGCCAAACUAGAAGAAUGGAGCGCUAUAAACAGGACUAAUUUCCCAGCAGCAAGCUCUCCACUAGUCAAUGGCAUGGAUAAACCGCAUUUAGAACCUGAAGCAAAAUACACACAGACGCCGAGUGGAUUGCCCACAGUGAACAGCUAUGUCACAGCGCCCAGCAUCCCUCCCUACCACCCUCCCACCCAAGUGUCACCCUACAUGGGGUACAGCGCCACCACGUCGGCCUAUGUGACCGGACCCACAUGGCAGCCGGCCAGUGGCAGUGCUCUAUCUCCCCACAGCUGUGACAUCGUCGCCCCGCUGGCCUUCAAGAGCAUGACGGCCAACCGUGACGCCAUCCACCCGGUGGCCGCCUCAGCGCUGUGAAGUCAUGGACUGAUGGGGGGGAGAGGAACGGGGGGAGGUGGGGAGAGGACAGGAGACUCGUGGCUUUCGUCUCACCACCUUUUCGAUGAAGGACUCGGCCCCACAUGGACCCAUAUUUGCCUUCCUCCCCCCUUCUCCCUUCCAGCUAAACACACUCAGACUAAAAGACACACCAGGAAUAAACGCUUCUUUUUUUUCUUUUUUCUUUUCUUUUCUUUUUUUUUUUACAACAAACGUGUUGUCUAAAAGAACUGGCAGGACAGGUGUUCUGAAGGACUGAUGCAUGACUGCGCCUCCAUCCAUCCAUCAACAUAGUCCUUCUCAGAUUCUUUACUGCACACUUCUGCAAAUGUCUGUGGGCAAAACGGGGUAAUGUAUAACUUCAUGAAUACGCAAUCAAAACAAAAGGGGGGAAAAAACUUUGCAUUAGUGUUUCAGGGUGCUUAUUAAUUGCGAUUUGUUUUUUAAAAUGUUUGUAUGCUUUUUGUUGUUGUUGUUGUUGUUUAUGAUUUGAUAAAACUUAUGGAGCAUUUUGUUUUUUCCCACUUCUCUGAAAAUGUAGCCUGUGCAAGAGCUCCAAGAGGGGAAGUUUAUUUAUUAGAUUAAGGUAUGUUGAAUGAAGUGCAAUUAGCCUAACAGAAAGCAUGGAAAUCUCCACGCACAUUUAGACAAAAUUGGCAUUGGUCUUAUGUUGGAGUCUAGAGCAUUAACAAUUGACAAAUGUUGCACAAUGAAAUUGAAUGUAUCUUAUUAAAUUGUUAUUGGUCUUCA